UAAUUUGGAAAGUUGAUUGUUCAUCGACAUCAGCACUUACGUUGUGCAGAAUGUGAUAGUAGUGAUAAGGCACUUUUUUAAUGAAACAGCAUGAAAAAAUAAUCAUGUGAUUGCUGUAAUUGUUCCUAGACAAAAAAACAAGCACAGAAAUGAGCGAGACUGAGAAAAUCCGGGUUGGAUCCCGGAAAAGCGAGCUGGCCCUCAUUCAAACCCGACAUGUAAUUUCGUUGCUCAAAAAAAUUCACCCUGAAAAGGAUUUUGAAAUUGUAACAAUGAGCACUUUAGGAGAUAAGGUUCUAGACAUACCCUUACCAAAAAUUGGUGAAAAAUCUCUCUUCACAAAAGAACUUGAAUCUGCUCUUACUACAGGCUGUGUAGAUUUUGUUGUCCACUCAUUAAAAGAUCUUCCAACUGCACUACCUCCAGAAAUGGCAAUUGGAGCUGUUUUAACUAGAGAGGAUCCGCGGGACGCUCUAGUGUUACAAAAAGAUCACGACAAGUAUUUAUUAGAGACUUUACCAGAAGGAAGUGUAAUUGGAACUUCUAGCCUACGGAGAGGGGCGCAAUUAGCUCGAAAGUACCCCCAUCUCAAAGUUGAGAGCAUUAGAGGAAAUUUGAAUACCAGGUUAAAGAAAUUAGAUGAAUUGGGGAAAUAUCAGGGAAUUAUUUUGGCCUCUGCAGGUCUUAUUAGGAUGGGGUGGACUAGCAGAAUUAGCAAGAUUUUAGAUUCUGAGGAACUUCUGUACGCUGUUGGUCAAGGAGCCUUGGCUGUAGAAUGUCGCGAAUUGGACGAAAAAAUUAUUGAGCUUCUGAAGCCCCUUUACGACGUCCAAACAGCCCUUCGUGUUAUAUCAGAACGUAGCUUUCUUAAAACUCUCGGCGGAGGUUGUAGUGCACCUGUCGCAGUUUCAACCGACCUCUCCCGAGUAAAAGACAACAAAUACAUUUUAAAACUGAAGGGUGCUGUGUGGUCUCUUGAUGGCAAAGAUGAAAUAAUCGAAACUGGAGACUGCGAAAUUGACCUUAAAAAUACACCACGAUGCGCGGCUUGUCCUUUUAAUACUAGCAACGAGAACGCUUCCUGUGUUCGAGACAUCGAGAAUUUGAAACGUUGCGACACUUGUCCUAAUCAAGUCCCGUCUAAAAAAAUAAAAUUGGACGAAAUCCCGGUCGAGGUUUUGAAGAAUGAUCCUCAUGAGCAUUGUCCGGUGGCGUUACCCAUUGGUGUGGAUUUCAUGGGAAAAUGUCCCUAUCUGGAGGCAAACAUGGGAAAAUAUUCUGCGAAUGGAGUAAUAGAAGAGGCAGAGUUAUUGAAACAGUGUCCAUUUCGCAAAGAGACAAAGAAGGGAAAUUUGACGGAAGUUACGGCCGGCCCGAGUGCCUCCAAUACAUUUUGUGGGCUUGUCCCCCACAGUGAUACGCCACUGGAAUCGUUAAAACAAGCACAAGAUUUGGGGGUCCGACUUGCCCAAAGUUUGUUAAGUAAGGGGGCUGGGGAGGUCAUGGCGAAAGCACAAGCUACAAUACAUGGCGCUGCAAGUUAACUUUUGUGUAUGUUUUGUUUAAUUUUAAAUAAAGGCUGGGAAUUUUUAAAUUUGG